CUCUUUCAGGAUGAAGACAAUAGUAGCAGAGGGAAAACACGGAACAGACUGGAGCCGAUGGACACCAUCUUUGUCAAGCAGGUGAAAGAGGGCGGCCCUGCGCACGGAGCUGGACUCUGCACAGGGGAUCGCAUUGUAAAAGUCAAUGGAGAAAGCAUCAUUGGAAAGACAUAUUCACAAGUAAUUGCCCUUAUCCAGAACAGUGAUACAUCUCUGGAGCUCUGCGUGAUGCCAAAAGAUGAAGACAUUUUACAGCUGGUAGGUUUGAUUUCGAUUUCUUGCGGCUUUUCUGGAUCACAGCUGAGACGGAGGAGCGCCUCACAUGAUCGGAGUUAUCAGGUAUCCAGUGUGCUGCCGCUGCGUAGCGCCUCUCAGGAGAGGCUUGGUGGUGCCGAUCGGGCUUCUCUAGCACAGAAUUGGCCUCGUAGUGCUUCCCAGGAUGCCCUCCCAUCAGCCCCCAUAGGUAUCCCGAAACCCAGAGCGUAUUCUUGCAGCUACCUGAGCAGACAGAAUGAGAAUGCCACAUUCAUUUUGGACAGGCAGGCAUGCUGCAGAACUGCGACAGAUGAGUGGCUACUCGUGCACAGAGGGGACGAGGCAAGAGCAAGCAGACAUGCUUCUUCCUUACGGAUGGCGCCUCACAGAACACAGGGUGUAUUUAAUGCAGACAGACGAGGGGGUAGUUACCCAGGGUUGCCCAUCACCCCUCUCUUUAGUAGAGGUACAGAUUAUUUGCUCACUUCCAGAGCUGAAAGCCUGGGUAAUACCUCUGCACCCUCCAUAAUCAGACCCUCACUGCUACCUGCGAAAAAUUAUGUCUCAGACCCUUCUACUGCUGCUGCUUCUUAUAUAGCUUCUGCCCUGGCCUCAAUACAAUGCCACAUCAUUGGUAGCUCCAGCACAUGCCCCAUCAAAGACCAAAGAACACCUCUCACUGCCAACCACAUGCCCCACAAUGCAAAGCAGUUACAGCCCAGGGGGCGGGCUGACAGCCUUCAGGAGCCUAUCAGAGAGGUAGCUCAUGGAGGUCGUUCUUCUUCUUGUUCUGCCGCCUCUAAACCCCAUAGAACAAAGCAGGGUGGAUCCAAGCCCAUAUUAACCAGUAACGGAACAGUUCCUCAGCAACCUAGGUACACAGAACCACAAACCCACGCCAACGAGAAGACGGUGGAGGGUAUUGAGGGCCAAGAUGCCACUGUAGUUGUGGUUCGGAGGGAAAAGAAGUCUGGAUCUCAACCUAUCCGCCACCCUUCCUACAUCAUGGCAGUGAACGAGAUGGAAAGAGGGGCUGAACCACCUGCAGACUCCAACACAUGCUGGCUGCCCAACAAUACCAGACAAGAAAUGCACAUGAGGAAGCAAGGAGACCAGUGUAAAACCUCCUUCUCAAGCAACCUUGAUGACUCCCUGGACUCCAUUCCCUUCAUUGACGAGCCGUCAAGCUCCAGUAACAACCGUGACACCACACAUAUUCCUGCAUCUGCCGUGAUUUCCAGCACGCCUGUCAUCACCACCAUCCCACCCAGUCCAACGUUCCCUUCUCCCGUAAUACGCCGACAACUGUCCCACGACCAGGAUUCUUUACGACUCACGAUUAUGGAAUCAGAUUCUGGAGCUAAAACGGAGCGUUCCAGAUCCUUUGAUGAGGGCUUGGAUAACUACAGAGAAGAAGAGAGAGAGCGGUCGAUUAAACACACCCAUGGAUUCAAGGGCCUUAGAAAGGCUGUUGACAGAUCCUCUGAGGACUCUACUUCAGAUGUCUUCACUGAUGCCACAAAGGAGGGUCCACUUCAUUUCCGGCAGCUCAACUCAGAUAAGGGAAAGCGUGUUGGCAGUGGCAUGCGGUCAUGGAAGCAGAUAUACGCUGUGCUUCGUGGCCACUGCCUCUACGUGUACAAGGACAAGAGGGACGGACAAACCAACGCCAACUCCCAGAUUGAAGAAGAGCCUUUGCCAAUCAGCAUCAAAGCCUGUCUGAUUGACAUCUCCUACAGCGACACAAAGCGGAAGAACGUCCUUCGGCUGACAACAUCAGACUGUGAAUACCUGUUCCAGGCGGAAGAUCGUGAGGAAAUGCUGUCAUGGAUCCGAGUCAUUCAAGAGAGCAGCAAUUUGGAUGAUGAGAAUGCAACUGUAACUAGCACAGACCUCAUCAACCGGAAAAUAAAAGAGUACAACACUCUAAUGAGUCCACCGAGCAGUAAGACAGAACCCUCACCCAGGGCCUCCCGUCAGUCCCUAAGCAUCAGGCAGACGUUACUUGGUGGUAAAGGGGAGAAUAAAACCACAAGCCCUCACUCACCAAACAAGGACCAAGACAGGAAAGCCAUGCAUAAAGAUGAAACCAGCCCACCCAAGGAUAAGGGCACAUGGCGGAAGGGCAUCCCUGGACUGAUGAGAAAGCCAUUUGAGAAGAAAUCAUCUCAUGCAAUCACAUUUGGAGUAAGACUUGAUGACUGUCCUCCAGCUCAGACCAACAGAUUUGUUCCUCUGAUAGUUGAAGUGUGCUGUAAGCUGGUGGAAGAACAAGGACUGGAAUACACUGGCAUUUACAGAGUGCCAGGAAAUAAUGCCGCCAUCUCCAUCAUGCAGGAAGAGCUCAAUAACAAGGGCAUGGGCGACAUCAAUAUUCAGGAUGAUAAAUGGAAGGACUUGAAUGUGAUCAGCAGUUUACUCAAAUCCUUCUUCAGGAAACUUCCUGAACCCCUCUUCACUAACGAGAAGUAUGCAGACUUUAUUGAUGCCAACAGAAUAGAGGAUCCUGUAGAGAGACUCAAAGUGUUCAAAAGACUGCUUCAUGAGUUGCCUGAUCAUCAUUACGAAACACUGAAGUUCCUCUCCGCACAUCUCAAAACUGUGGCUGAAAACUCGGAAAAGAACAAGAUGGAGCCACGGAAUCUGGCCAUUGUGUUUGGCCCAACGUUGGUGAGAACAUCUGAAGACAAUAUGACUCACAUGGUGACACAUAUGCCAGACCAGUACAAGAUUGUAGAAACGCUCAUUCAGCAUUACGACUGGUUCUUCACUGAUGAGAGUGACAAGGAGCCUACGGAGGAGAGUGCUGUGGAGUCUCAGCCUGUGCCUAACAUUGACCACCUGCUGACCAACAUCGGCCGGACGGGCACCUCUCCAGGGGAAGUGUCAGAUUCACCAACCAGUGACUCUGCUAAAUCUAAGGGCUCCUGGGGAUCAGGGAAGGACCACUGCAGCCGCGAGUUCCUUCAGCCACGAGUCUCCUCCAUUUUUGCUGCGGCCAACCGCAAACGAAAGAAGCACAAGGAGAAGCUGCAACCCAGCAGCUCUGAUGACGACCUUGAUAUCAUGUUCACCAUGAAAGAUAACCCAACUCAAAAGCAGAACCGCCAAAGCCAGGAGGAGGUGGCAGGCAGGUCAAAUCCAUGCGGAAAAUCACUUGUUGGAGAGAAGAAGAACAGCAUAAGUGCAGAGUCCGCCCCGAAGAACAAGAAGGAGCACAGAAACUCUUUCUUUAUGAAAGACAAACCCUCUUCAGCUCUCUCCCCCUCGCCCAAGCUCUCGUGUUCACCUGGUUACAACCGCCGCACCUCUGGUCCUUCCAGAUCCACCCAAUCAGAUCCUUCCUCACAGUUAGAUGAGACCACCUCAGACUUGGGUACCAUGAGCUCUGGAGCCUCCGUACCCAGAACCAGACCUCGGAAAUGGUGCACAACAUCACCCGCCCCUGAGCAAUUACCCGCUCCUGGAGGGGCUUCGCUAACUGCAGAGGUGAGCUCUAUUACGUCUGACUACUCAACCACUUCCUCUACCACCUUUCUGACAGGAGUGGAGUCCAUCACAUUAAGUCCAGAGGUGCAGUCUGUGGCAGAAAGCCGGGGAGGAGACGAGGCAGAUGACGAGCGCAGUGAGCUCAUCAGUGAGGGGCGGCCGAUGGAAACCGACAGCGAGAGUGACUUCCCAAUGUUUAGCUCUGGCAUCACUGGACUAGACAUACCAACCACAGAAGAUGGCGGCAACAGUACACCCAAACUAGCUUGCCGCUUGCUGCCCUCCCAUAAGCUGAUAGAAUGCAACUCUCUGCCCAGGAGGCGAUCCCAGCGACAAAAGACGGACAGUGAUUCAUCUGUGGAGGCAGGCGCUGGUGGUGGCAAUCAAGGGGUCAGCAAGAAUGAAUCAAAUAGACUGUCUCGAGUUCUGGAGGUGAUGAAGAGUGGCCGUUCCACCGGCAACCUGAGUGCCUCAUUGCGUACUGAAUCGGACCGCGUUGAGCCAGCGUGGCAUCUUAAAAUCACAGAGAGACUCAAGUUCCGUCUACGUGCCUCUGCCGAUGACAUGUUCGGUGUUGGCACGCAAAAGACCCGCUCUACGGAGAUGCGUGGUAAGAAAAAGGGCAUCCGCCGACGGCAUACUAUGGGUGGCCAGCAGGAUUUUGCUGAACUAGAUGUCAUUCAUGACUGGAGGGAACAGGGUGGGGUGGACCAAGGUGCCGAACUGUCUGCUGUGGAGUGCCUCAAACCCAAGUGUGUCUCUCAGGACAUGUCUGUCCGGAACUGGAUUGCUCGUGAGCAUCGUCAAACUGAGGGCUCCCAGGCCAGUUUAGAGUUGAAAGGUCAAGAUGGUUUAGAGACAGCAAAAAUGGAAGAGACCCAUUCAGAGAGUGCUGAGAGACUGUCUCCCUCUGCCUCUCCAUGUCCACAGUCCAGCUCCGAACAAGUAAACGGAGGUGCGUCAAAGGGCAAAUCCAGAAACAGUCAGAAUUCUGGAGCUGAUGCUCAUCCACAAAAAUUGUCAGGAGCCCAAGUGGUGCGCUCACGAUUCUACCAAUAUCUUUAAAAGAAAAGAAUAAUCUGCAUGUGUGUAAGAAUGUCAUAAUGUGUGUGUAAAGGCCUGUUCAAACCAAGGUGAAUGUUUGGUGUGAAAAUUCUGUGCAUUUUCACAUUUCACAGACACAAACUGUUAAUGCAUCUGUUUAGACCCACGUGAACAUUUGCAUGCCAUCCAUGCAACAAAUCACUUUUCCAUCACACUGUGAAGAAAACUGGCCAACCAGUAAGAUUUGCACUUUUUGUGGCAUGCCUAUAGCCGCCGUUACAUAAAGUGACUUGCUAAAUGGCAGUGAAUAGUAUAAGAAUCCGUAACCAGAUCUAUCGUCUCUGUACUCUUUUAUUUGGUUUUGUUGGAUAAGCACCACAGCGAAUACAAAAAUCUAAAUGGCUGUUUUAAAUCUUGUAAAUAGUAUUUGAUUUUCUUUCUCUUACAACCAGGUGUCAGAAAAGUUGCACAGCGCUUUGUGUAUCGGGGUCACCAGGCUGACCAGGGUAUUUCUGCUUUUCUAUAAGCGCCUGUCAGAGAGUGCAUUUGCAUAUUCAUUCAACCUCUCUGAAGUUUUGUAUGUACUGGUCUGAAAAGACAAGUUGUAUGUGAAAAUUAGGAUGAAUUUUCGUACCAAACAUGCAUGUUGGGAUGAACAGGCCUUAAACUGAAUGAGUGUAGUUAGAGCUAAGGUUACUCCACCCUUAUUUUCCAUCUCCAUGCCCUUUUUUUUAAAUAUGAAUAUAUAUUAUAAAUAUAAAUUGUAUAUAUCUAUAUGUAUAGGCUUAUAAAAAGUAACUGGAGUAAUUUUAACAUUUUUGAGUUACCUGACUCAUUGUUUGUGGAUCAGUACUGGAGUUGUUUUCUUGAAAGCUAGUAAUAUAUGCAUGACGGUGAAGUGGCCUGCUAUUCAGAGGCUGAACAAUACCAGUGUUUACCGACUGCCUCUGCUGCUGCGAGAGCACAAUUUUUCUGACUUGGACAGACAUGCAUUUGCGAAACUGUUACUGAAGGAUACUAAUAUCAAAGGAAAAGAAAAGGCAUCUCAUCCAAGGUUAGGACAAAAUAAAAAAAAAAAAUAAAAAAAAGAAAACUCCUGAUAUUGCUCAUAUGAAGGAUGUAAUAUGCUUGCUGUUAUAUUGACUAACACGUAAAUUGCUUGUUGCAGUUUUCAUUAGUGAAAAAAAUGUAUUUUUUUAAUUAUUAUUAUUAUUAAUUAUUAUUAUUAGUCUGAAGGUUAGCCUUGAUAUGGGCUGUUUUCUGAGCUGUGUGCUGUGGAAAUCUCUUUUACAGUGCAUCAUAACAGCCAGACAUAAAUGUGGAAGAAGAAUGAAAUCUUUUAUAUUUCCACAGGACAUUGUGAAAGUAAGUGCUAAACUGAAAGCACCAGAGCCUGAACAUAUGUAGCAGUACCAGGCUUACUGGUAUUGGCAUGUUGAACCAUUUUAAUGCAAAGUACAACCUAACAGCAAAUAAGUCAUAAAAUCACAAGGAAUACUAUUUCCUUACAAAAAAAAGUGCCUCUCAACUGGUUCUGGUGACAGGAAAGGUGCCAUUUCUUAAUUUUGUUGUUUGUUAAUAUAGAAUAUGUAUUGUGAAUGAAUGACUGAAUUUUAUCAGAAAAAAAAGAAAAAUAAAUUUUUAUACAAAACGAUGCAAAAGCAGACCCAGAGCUUCCACUGCUUUAUAAGUCAUAGUUUUAAGUCAUCACGUGCUUUGCCACUGGAUACCCUGGUCUUUUAAUGGGGCAAUAAGUUAAAUGUGUAUAUUUUUUUGUGUAUGUUACCUUUGUCAAAAAGUCACACAUUUUUGUCCGAGCUAACCAGUGUAGUAGACAGCAUGUGAUUCCUCGGGAGAGUAUGCAUGCUAUCAUACUUGUGUGUGCGGAUUCCAUCUUACCUCUGAAUGCUCAUGUGUGUGACUCCCAGCUGCAAAGAAUAAAAAAACAACAACACUGGAAAUAAAUUAUCUUUGCAGCUUCUUCUUAUUGUCAUUGGUAAUCUAUGUAAUGUAGACUCUAGGUCUAGCAGUCUCUUAGUUUGGACACAUAGGUACACUUUACUAUUC